AUGGAGAACAGGGCGCCAGAAGUGUCCAAACAGAAGAGCCAGGUGAUGUGCAGGGACUUCGUCAGCUACACCCUCGUAGUUGUGAUGCAGUUGGAGAAGAUGGGCAUGCUGGUUGCCCUGGAGCCUGGCGCGGUGACCAGCUGCAUCAGGAAGCACGUGAUCACCACUAGAGUCCUAUUGGGGCCGAGCCAGGCCCUCCUUCACUUGUGUCACCAAGAACUUGGUGAUGUUUGUGUCUCAAAAAGCCUAGAACAGAGGUCUCUGCUGGCCUUUGCCUUGAAGAACAGAAACCUGGAGGGGCUGCAGGGCAUUGCUGAAUGUCAUUCAGAUGUAUCAGCGGUGGUACCUGCAGGGCUCAUUCUGGCUAUACCAUCUCCCACAGUGUGGACAGAUGGCUCCAAAAAUUUGACUAAUGCAGACGGCAGUCGUCUCUUUUGA